AAUUAUUCCAAAAAAUAUACUAGGAAUUAGCAAAAAAGAGCAAAAUCAUUCAGUUCAUUCAGUUUUUUACUUGAUUGUCAAGGUUUGCGCAUUUAAUCUUGUUUAACGUCAAGUUUAAAGUGAGGAUAGACUAUUGAUGGCAGCACAUUAACCCUGAGCGAGGAUUCUGACAUCGAUCUAUGUUGGGACUUGUGAAGGAGCUAAAUGGAUCGCUAAACGGCCUAGAUGUGUCAAUUGCUGGGGUGGGUACAGUGGACAUUCCGCUAUUUUCAAACUCGCUUGAUAUAUUAGUUUUGUUGAGCUUGUUGCAGUUAUGGGAAUAAAGGCCUGUCUCUUUUAAACGUUUCCUAUCUAUUUUUUAUAACGCUCUUUCUUGGGCCCCUUAAGUUAAAUAGAGGCCCCGUGCGUUUAUUAGGUCAUGUACGAUAUAAACAAACUUGUGGCACAACCCUUUUUCGGGCAUGUUAUAACUUAAAUCCCUCCGUCCACAUGAUCAUUGCACUUUACACAUCACAUUCCACCCUCGACUGUUAUCACAGGACCCAGGCUCACUAUUUGUGUCAUGUACGGGUUUCAUAUAACAUACGUAAAUAUAAGGAACUCGAGGCAUAAGCAUUCUCUCUCCUUCAUCAGUCUGGUGUUCCUGCCCUAUCUGUAGCUCAAAAGACUAAAAGCAAGAAUAUCACGAAGUACGUAUCGCUAGGAUACAUUUUGUUUUGUUUGUUGACGGGGGUGCUCGUCGUACCUUUUAGAGGUUUAAAUUUGUGGAUUGGUACCACUUAGGGUGCUAAAACCUAAGAAAGUGUUCGAAAGUUAUUGUUAUUGCUAUUAAAAUUUGCAGCGCCAGUUAUGUAAUUUGAUGUUGUUGAAUUGGUACCGCUUAGGGGUGGAAAUUAAUUUAGGGCACGCCCAUAAAACAAGAUUCUUGUACCUUUUAUGGGUGUUGUCGCGAAAUUUUCCAACGAACACCCCCGUCACUUUUAUAGGGGUGUAGCAGACUACGGUGAAAGGAAAUAACGAUCAAAAGAGCCGUAGGAGGGACAUUUUACUGUGAGUGUUAUCGAGCAAAAUUUUUCUUCUCUUGAUAUCGCCUAACUUUUACGUUUGCACAGGUCUGCAGGAGUGUUUGAUCCCUUAGAAAAAUGCUUGCACCAAAUGUGAAGAGAGUUGCCGUCAUCCUGGUAAUGAUUGUGCCGUUUGUGUGUGCGUAUGUCGAUAAAGCAGGUAAAUAAAUAUUGCUGCGAAAGCAAAUUAAUUUAAGCGAUCAUUUUCAAAACAUUUUUGGGACUAAGGUUAAAGGGGAUAUGUCAUGGCGAGUUCCAGGCUUUGCAAAGUUUAUAACCUGGGCUGGGUUGUUCAAAGCUGGGGAAAUUUGAAUCAGAUAUGAAAGGUUAAAAGGCAAAUUCAGUUUUAAUUUUUUUUGUCUACAGUUUGAUGAUUGGAAUUAGAUGUUCUAAAAGUAAUGGAGAGAAUUACCCGAUAAAUCGACUUAAAAAUCUACAAGAUUAAACUUUAACCCCGGGCAAUUGGCCUCCGAACAACCUGAGUGAGGUAUUGUUAGCAAUCUUUUGUCAUACGUGGAACUCUAGAAGAAAAAUAUCAAAUUUUUCUUGCAAAGAAAGAACAAAGCGUGAUCGGGUUUUGGUCAUUUGUAGACAACACCUUGGCCAAAUUCUUUCAGUUUUUUCACUUCUUUUCAAGUUCAAGCAUGGAUAUCAUGUACUUUUUUAAGAGCAUCUGAAAAAAAAAAAAAAAAAAAAAAAAAAAACAAAAGACAAACAUAUGUUCAUAUUCUAAAACUGUGACCAGAAAUUGGCCAAACUUUUGAAGAGAGUCAAGGAGGUGAGGUUGUUAAUAACUUGACCGAAAGAUACAAGUAAAUACGAGCGUUAAAAGUCGACCUUCCGCCGUCAUCAUAACGCCAUUAUCAAGACUAUCUAAGUAAAAUAUUUUGCGUUUAUAUGUAUCGGUAUAGGAAAAUUACUGAAUUCGGUUUUCGUCGGAUGUGAAGAUUGAAUUAUGCAGAUCUCGGAGGCUGUGUUAUCCACCUCGGCUGAGGCCCCUCUCCUACACGUCAACUGGAAGUGGACUUUUGGCAUGCAAAGACACUUAGGAAAACAAACUUGUUCGCAGGGAAAAGGCCUAAUUUCCGGUUGACCUGCGUCGCUCAAAAACGUCUAUUAUGAGUUUUCGAUCAAGUUCUGUACUGGCAUUUGUGCAUUAUAUCGAUCUCACAACAAUCUCUCUUUUUUUUACUGAAAGGCAACAACGUUGGUUUUAUUAAAUGCCCGGACGGAGGGCUUUGUGGAAAUGGUCAAACAUGUUGUUAUCUAGCAAGUCACAGAAGUUACGGCUGCUGCGAUAAACCACGAGCUGUUUGUUGUAGGGGCAAACUGGACGGAAUGUGUUGUUCACGUGGUUACAGGUAAGUUUGCUUGCGCUUAAACUGUAAAACUACAACUUUCAACUUUCAACUUUUAAUUAUUGAAAUUUGGAAAUAUAUUACAAAUAAAAUACAUUGGGACUGGCCUGCAGUUAGCGAGGCUAUUCGAAGCAGGCCAGGCUACAUAAUUUACUACAAACUAGAAAAAUACAAAGAAAUUAGACGUUAUAUAAGUAUAUAUAUUUUACAGUAAAUAAAUAAAUACUAUUCUACUUAAAUACAAGGAAAAUAUUGGAGAGAAUUUUAAAAAUUGAAAUAAAAUGAAACGAAAGGACAAGAGAAUUACUUUUUCAUUCUGACAAUAAUCGUAUCUUCAUCAAUCUAGGAGUCUUCAGUUUGAAGGAUAUCGAGUAGCGUUGCUUUUAGUGAUCCUUUAAAAGCUUUUUUCGGUCUUUCUUUCAGCAUUUGAGGUAUCCCAUUCCAAAUUUUGACCCCAACACGCGAAAAACAUUUCGUUUGACAUUGAGUCGAGAUUCUUUAGUAUAAAAAUGUUCAGAGGUUGAGGCACGUGUAUUGUAAGGAUGAACCCUAGAAAUUCGAGAGAAGAGUUUCGAGAUGUUAUCCGGAGCAGUGUUUUUAUUUACAUCAUAAAACUAGAAACAUAUUCUUAAUAUAGAGCCUGUAAAGGCACGUAAUUUUUUUGAUUGACAAAAAAAGGUAUUGCGUGGUCGUUUCUACCAGCAAAAUAUGUUAAACGCAGUGCGCGUUUUUGAAGGACAAGUUUGGUCAAGGAAAGUUUUACACGCGUUGCCCCAAGAGAUAAGACCGUAAGUUAGAUAAGGUGUAAUAAGUGACUGAUAAAUAUUAAGGAGGGUGGAAGUGGGAACAAUUUGUCUUAAUCUCGCAUUUAGCCCAAUUGUUUUACUUAUUUUGUUUGCAACAGAGUGGAUAUGAGUCUUCCAUGAUAGAUUUUCAUCGAUUAACAGUCCAAGAUAUUUAAUAAAGUUUUUGCGUUCAAGGGUAACCUUUUUAUCGCUUUCAUUGUCAAAAACAUUAAUCUGGGGAUCAUAGUUGAGUUUUUUUUGGUAUGGACGAAAAAUUACAUAGUUUGACUUUUUAUAACAUUCAGAGAAAGCUUACUUGAAGUCAUCCAGUUAUACAAGUUGUGUAAUUCUGCAUUUACUUUAAGUUCCAGUAAAGUAGUUUGUGUGCGAUUUGAUAAGUAAGAGGACAGCCAUUGAUUGAUAAUUCCACGGAAACCAUAAUAAUUUAGUUUAUCAAGUAAUAUAUUAUGAUUCACAGCGUCAAAGGCUUUUUUUAAGUCAAUAAAAACUCCACAUGAAAAGUGUUUUUUGUCCAUAUUGGUUUGUAUAGUUUCUACCAUAUCAAGAAUAGCAUGUUGGGUUGAGUGAGCUUGACGAAAACCAUAUUGAGACGAAUAUAACAGGCUGCGCUUUUCAAUUAAGUCUCUCAUUCUAUCGAACAUAAUUUCUUCGAAGAUCCUAUUGAAGUUUGAUAAUAAUAAAAUUGGCCUAUAAUUAGAAGUGUCGGUCUCGUCGUCAGCUUUGAAGAUAGGUAUAAUUUUUGACAUUUCAAGUUUUUGGGGUAGGUCCCAAGAGUGACAAAUGUAUUGAGAAUGUCUGAAAGAACUGGAGAGAUGGCGUCGCUUCAGUAUUUAAGAAGUUGAGAAGGACAGAAGUAUAAGCCAUGCGAUUUGCUGUUUGGUAUAGAUAAUAUUUGAAUUUGAAUUUUCGAUGGAGUUACAGGCUUGAAAAAACAACGAAAGUUGUGGCGAAUUGGACUUUCUUAGGUACUCUGUGAAGGGGCGCUCCGCCGGUGGUAAUUUGCUUGCUAAGAUGUUGCCAACAUUUGAAAAUGUUUAUUUAAGAUAUUAGGUAUAUGUGAGGAAUAAUUAGCAAGGUUAUUGUUGUUAUUGUCGUUCAUUGCGAACGAGCAAAUUAUUCCCCUAAACACAUUUCUAAUACUUUCAUCAUACAAAGGGCAUAAACAUUAUGCAAUAAAAUUAUUUUUUAGCAUAUGUGACGGCCUUUUCGGUCGCCAUGUUAACGUCGCGCGGAGUAAACUUGGGAAAUUAGAAAGAACGAUAUUUUCAAAACGGAAAACGCUAUCACCUUGAAAACUUGCGCAGAAAUUCAUUUUUAAGAGAUCUUUUGCUAGCUGGAGAUAAAACCUUAAAAGUACUUACGAUUUUGGAGUUCGGAUGUUUGUUGUAUCGCCCCGAAUAAAGGAUUCCAGGACAGUCUUGGAUUCUAGAUCCCAGGAACUGGAUUCCAGUCUUUGUCAGCAGAACUUGGAUUCUAGAAUUCCAAUCGUUAGUGGGUUCCGGAUUCCUUGAGCUGUAGUCCAGAUUCCAUGAGCAAAAUUUUCCCGGAUUCCGGAAUCCGGAUUUCCAUUUCAUGGGUCGAAAUGGUACGGUUUUUACCAGUAGAAGUAAGUAGGGCCGACAGAAGCAUUUUGUGGCUGUGAAAAAGUCGGGAAAACGUUCUGGUUUUGUGACUUAUUCAUAUUUUAAAUUGAGUGCAUUUAAAGCCGUUUGAGAUGAUGGAAAGUGUAUGUGAAAGGGAUACUAUUUGUCUUUUCUGUAAAAAAAAUGGUAAUUAUGUUAAAUGCAGGUGAAUUUCCUUGGAGUUAAGUUCUUGGGGACUGCAUUCAAAGUUUAGAAAGGAAAAAAAAAUAGUCACUAUGUCUUAACGUCCUCCAUAAAACACGCAUAUUAAAAAGAAAAUUUCACGCCGUGCUCUUGGAGCCAAAGUAAUAACAUGUACCAAAAAGUGUGCUUCCUGCAGGUGCAAAAUUGCACGCCUUUCUAUUUCCAAGAACCAUUUUACAGCGUAGUUUUGCAGGGACCGCAACGAAAUUAACAGAAUAGGGUGACGGAUGCGCUCGCAGAGUUAUUGUUUCGCUUACUAAUCAUAACUAUUGCAAAAUUCUCAAAUCUGAUUGGCUAUCAACUGCCCUGAGUUUGUGCGCACUAAAGUAAAAAAAAGGUAUGGACUAAUAAAGGUUUAAGAACGUUCUCUGUAAAGCAUUUCUGAAAUCAUAUUGAUUUUGUUCACAGCACUCGGUAUAACAGCACAGUCCGAUCAAAAGUUAAACUGUUUUCCCGCUCGACCCGCAAAAUAUACACUCCUGUGUUGUGUGCCACAAUAAAUCUCACUUGUAAAAUAGCAUCGCGUCAGAGCAAAAAACCUCUCUCCUCUUCCCUAAUAUUAAAAAUUUGUCACCCCGAAGAUUAAAUGAUUAUCCAUACAUUCUUCGGUCUGUUUUCGGCAGCAACACCUAGGACAAAAGGCUAUUGUUUUGGUGAAUUGGACCAGCUACAAUAGCCUAUUUGUUGAUACGAUUCUUUCUUUGCUUUGUAGAUGUAACGCAGCCGAAGUGAAAUGCGUUCCGAAGGUAAUAAAGAAGAAGCCAACCGACUUGGAUGCAACUGAAAUUCGCAGUUCUUACAGACAAUUACUCCCAGAUCAGCGUUUCGACUUCGAAUAA